CUUCUCUAUCCUUCUAUCCAUUCCUUGUCCUCCUCCCCCGGAUCUUUGCUCCCCUCUUUUCCCCCACCCCCACCUUCCGCCAUGGAGCACAUCAAAAACACUUUCGAGAAGGUCAAACGGGAGAAGCGUGCCGCUCUCGUCGCCUACAUCACCGCCGGAUAUCCCACAAUCGAAGAAUCUGUAGAUAUCCUUCUUGGAUUGGAAAAUGGAGGUGCUGAUAUUAUUGAACUGGGUGUUCCAUUCACCGAUCCUAUUGCUGAUGGACCGACCAUCCAAAAAGCUAACACUAAGGCUCUUGCCAAUGGUGUCACGGUCUCGACAGUACUGGAGAUGGUCCGCUCCGCGAGGAAUCGAGGCCUCAAGGCUCCUAUUAUGCUGAUGGGAUACUAUAACCCCAUGCUCAGCUAUGGCGAAGAACGUAUGCUCCGGGACUGCAAGGAGGUUGGCGUCAAUGGUUUCAUCAUGGUCGAUCUUCCCCCAGAGGAGGCCGUUCGCUUCAGAGAUCUUUGCACCAGUACAGGUCUUUCUUAUGUCCCACUAAUCGCUCCCGCUACCUCCGAGUCUCGCAUGAAACUCCUUUGCAAGAUUGCCGAUUCCUUCAUCUACGUCGUCUCAAGAAUGGGUGUGACCGGUGCUACCGGGACCCUUAGCUCGAACAUCCCCGAACUGCUCGCUCGUGUCCACAAAUGGUCCGGGAACGUGCCAACAGCGCUUGGUUUCGGUGUCAGCACCCGCGAGCACUUCCUUUCUGUUCAGGAGAUUUCUGAAGGUGUCGUCAUCGGUAGCCAGAUUAUCACCGUUCUUGGAGAAGCCCCUGCAGGUCAGGCGGCUCAAAAAGCGGAGGAGUACUUGUCUAGUGUUACUGGCCGCAAACUAGAAAGGGAUACCUCGGGAGCGUUGACUCGUGAGGUGAACGUGCUGGAGCCUGUUUUGAAGAUCGAAACCCCUCCUAUGUCACAGCCUACUGAUGUCAUUACGGAGAAGGAUACGCCUUCGGGUCCUGGUCUUGGAGACCAACUUGAGGCUCUGAACGGUGGUGGAAGUUCUAGCGCAACACCUGCACGUUUCGGCGAAUUCGGUGGACAGUAUGUCCCCGAGUCUUUGAUGGAUUGUCUGGCCGAGUUGGAGCGAGGCUUCGAUAGCGCCCUCAAGGACCCUUCAUUUUGGGAGGAAUAUCGCUCAUACUAUCCUUACAUGGGACGCCCCAGUAGCCUUCACCUCGCAACCCGUCUGACUGAGCAUGUGGGAGGUGCCAAUAUCUGGCUGAAGCGUGAGGAUCUCAACCACACCGGUAGUCACAAGAUCAACAAUGCUCUGGGUCAGAUUCUGCUUGCUCGAAGACUCGGAAAGACAAGAAUCAUCGCAGAGACUGGUGCAGGUCAACACGGUGUUGCCACUGCGACUGUUUGCGCUAAGUUUGGCAUGAAGUGUGUUGUCUACAUGGGUGCAGAGGAUGUGCGUCGUCAGGCCCUGAAUGUUUUCCGUAUGAAGCUCCUUGGCGCGUCCGUGGUCGCCGUUGAUGCAGGCAGUCGAACUCUGCGUGACGCUGUGAACGAGGCUUUGCGUGCGUGGGUUGUUGACCUUGAUACGACCCACUACAUCAUCGGCUCUGCUAUCGGUCCUCAUCCAUUCCCAACGAUCGUGCGCACUUUCCAGUCAGUUAUCGGUGAAGAGACCAAACAGCAACUGCAAGAACAGAUUGGAAAGUUGCCUGACGCCGUCGUCGCCUGUGUUGGUGGUGGUAGCAACGCUGUCGGCAGCUUCUACCCAUUCUCCAAGGAUACUAGCGUCAAGCUUCUUGGUGUCGAAGCCGGUGGUGACGGUAUCGACACAAAUCGCCACUCCGCCACCCUCUCCGGCGGUAGCAAGGGUGUUCUUCACGGUGUCCGCACCUACAUCCUGCAAGACGAGCACGGCCAGGUCUCUGAGACGCACUCCAUUUCCGCUGGUCUUGACUAUCCCGGCGUUGGCCCCGAGCUCAGCAAUUGGAAAGACAGCGACCGCGCGCACUUUAUUGCCGCUACGGACGCCCAGGCUCUCUCUGGCUUCCGCACCAUGGCUCAGACAGAAGGUAUCAUCCCAGCUCUUGAGUCCUCGCACGCCAUUUGGGGUGCUAUCGAGCUUGCCAAGACCAUGGGAAAGGGUAAGGACAUCGUUCUUACUGUUAGUGGUAGAGGUGAUAAAGACGUUGAAAGUGUUGCCGAGUCUCUUCCCAAGUUAGGUCCUCAGAUUGGCUGGGAUUUGCGGUUCUAAGCCACCGACCACCUCAACUAACUCCUCCACCUAUUCGCCACGCCUGAAAACGAAUGUGAUAAAGAUUUAGAACCUCAUCUUGGAUAUACCUCCUACCUAGAAUCUUUGUCUCAAUUCCCAGGUCCUGCCCGGUUUAUAGUUGUAUAUGUACAUUUUUGGUCUUCAAAAGCGGUUUCAUCCUUGAUAGAGAAACUAAUUUACG